UGGCAGCUAUAAAUAAAGGUAGCCUUGAUCCGCACAGUGAUUCAGAAGUUCUUAAGGUUCAGUGAAGAAAAUACCUAUAUGCGCAUGUGGAAGUAACAAACUUUGAAUGCCGUGGCUUUGCAGUAUCACAAAUAAAGAUACAACAUACCGUUUUACAUAGACUAAACAUACUCAACAAAUUGGCCAAAGGCCGCAAUCACGGAGGUUCCAAGAGACACCGAAUUGUGCCUGAAAGCCGUAGGGGCACAGGUUAACUUGAAAACUGAAAAAGGAUUUAACCUGCUUUGCACUGGUAUUUGGAAUCGGAGAAUGCCAGCAGACAUGAUGGAAAAAAACUCAUCGUCUCCGGUAGCUGCUACCCCAGCUAAUGUCCACACAACCCCAGACAAACCAAAGACAGCUUCUGAACACAGAAAGUCUUCCAAGCCUAUUAUGGAGAAAAGACGCCGGGCGAGAAUCAAUGAAAGCCUUAGCCAACUGAAAACCCUAAUUUUGGAUGCACUUAAAAAAGAUAGUUCAAGGCACUCUAAGCUCGAAAAAGCGGACAUUCUGGAAAUGACAGUCAAGCACCUUAGGAAUCUACAGCGAGCCCAAAUGACUGCUGCCCUCAGCACAGAUCCAACAGUACUGGGCAAGUAUCGUGCUGGAUUCAGUGAAUGUAUGAAUGAAGUUACACGGUUUCUCUCCACUUGUGAAGGGGUCAACACAGAAGUUCGCACGCGCUUGCUGGGCCACCUGGCCAGUUGUAUGACUCAGAUUAACGCCAUGAGCUAUCACCCUGGUCAGACUCAACUUCCGGCAGGAACUCCCCAUCCAGCCUUCUUGCAGAUUCCUGGGGGAGGAACAACCCAGGGUAGUGUAGUUCCCAUCAACGGAGUCCCCUGUAAACUAGGUUCACCGUCAGUUGAAACCACAAAAGUGUAUGGAGGUUUCCAGCUAGUACCUGCCUCAGACGGACAGUUCGCCUUCCUGAUACCCAAUACAGCCUUUGCGCACAAUGGACCUGUUAUUCCGGUGUAUGCCAACGGAAACAUGAACUCUGCAGGGCAGCCAUCUGCGGUAUCCCCUUCAAGUGCACCUUCGGUCACUGCAGAUUCAGUUUGGAGACCGUGGUAGCACAACUAUCGCAGCUUAUUUUAUGGACUUGGUACUGUUAUGUACAAGGACUUGCUACAAACUACUUUGUAUACCAUAAAAAGUAUGAGUAUGCACUAUAUUUGUACAUAUAUUUGAUAAAGGUUCAUAUUGGAUUGCAUUUGUAUUGUAAAGUCAAUUUAUGAAAUUGCAUUUCUAUAUCUGAAAUAUCUUUUAUUUGAUACCAAAGAUAUGUUGAAUUUUGUUGAGCCUUCUUCUUUUUGGAAGAUAUAUUUGAAAAUAAAAAAGUUUUACAUUUUUAA